AUGGCCGACCCCGAGCACGACAACCUCCCACCACUGCCGCCACCCCUUCCGCCGACGCACGCCCGCAGCUUCUCGUCCUCGUCCUCGUCGAGCGCGGGCGGCAGCUCCCGACCCGCAAACGGCGCCGGCGCACUCUCGGGCGCGCUGCCCCCGCUCAAGCGCAGCGACAGCGGGGCGAGCAUCAGCUCGACCUCGACCUCGGCGUCGGCGGCGAGUGCGACGAGGCGCAGGCGCAACGCGGCGCGGUCCGGCGAUGCGGGCGCCUACGGCUCGCUCAGCGCGUUCUCGCGCGGUCAGUCCCCCGCGCUCGCCCGCACCCUGUCGUCGGCGUCGUCGGCGUCAGCGUCGUCGUCAACGGGCAGCAGCCGCCCGCUGCGCGACCGCUCGGCGCUCUCGGCCGCCGCCAUCUCGGCUGCCGACCUCGACUUUCCCCGCUCGUCGUCCUCGUUCAGCAGCGACAGCAAGGUCGCCUCGCCCUCGCCGACGAGUUCCUCCUUCCACCACCACCGCCAUACGACCGCAUCGCUCGGCCUCGGCGGCUCGCCCUCUUUCCCCGCCCCGUCCGCCUUCUUCUCGUCCCACUCGCACUCGCGCCCUCCACCUCCUCCUCCGCAACAUCAGCAGCAGCUCCCGAGCCCACCUCGCACCGCGUCGGACAGCGGCACGCUCCGCCGCGCACCCGCACCGCAGCGCGUCGCCGUCCCGCAACUGCAGCCCGGCCAGCAGCUCGACGCCACGGGCCCGAGCCCGACUCGGCCCGAGCGCCCGCCGAGAGACGCGCGCCGCAGCGCCAGCACGAGUACGACGCCCAACCUGAGCUCGAGCAGCGCGUUCGACCCGAUCGAGGACGCGAGCAGGCCGACGGCCGUCUCGCGCACGAGCUCGUCGGGCCCGAGCGCCGCCGCAGCGGCGUCGACGCUCGACACGGACCACGACCUCGGUCUCGGCGCGCCCGUGUCGCGCUCGCCGAGCUUGUCGCGCAGCGAGGCGGGCGAGGGCGGGUUCGCGCACAGCGCGGUGGACGGCGCCGACGAGGCGGAGCGCAGGAGGGAGCGGCGAGCGAGGAGGGCCGACGAGCUGCGCGAGAAGAACCAGCGCAUCCUCGACUCGAUCAACGGGCGCGCGCCAGGCCCACUUCCCGCCGCAGCGCCGUCGCCGCCGCCGACGUCGGCCAAUCCGGCGGCGGCCCGCGACGUGCCAGGGCUGCGCCGCUCCGAGACGAGCUCGACUCUGCGCGACGUCGGCGGCGUCGGCGACGGCGGCGACCUCGGCUCGCUGUCGCUCCUGUCGGACGAGCCGGCGCCAACCUACGCCCGCCUCGAUAGCGGCGACUCGGCGUCGUCCUGGCUCGACGACACGCGUCGCGCCGAGCGCGAGUUCGGCGUGCAGCCCCCUCGAGCAGACGUCGACGCAGGGUUCGCCCGCAGCAGGACGCUCGGCGACCUGGCGCGCACAGCCGCCGCCCCGUCGUCGUCCCCCUCGCCGUCCUCCUCCCGCUCCCCCUUCCCUUCCGCACCCGUCUCCGCCCAUCAGCAGCCCCGCACGCCCUCGGCACUCGACCGCCACGCCUCGCUGCGCGAGUACGCCCCUGCGACGGCACCGCGCGCGAGCACCUCGCUCGGCUACUCGGCCUUCCACUCGUCGGGCACGGGCUCGCUCCGCUCGACGCCCCGGCGCAGCGAAGUCCUCCUCGCCAACCGCGACCGCGAUCGUCCUCGCGACCGGGCGGCGCAGCGCGAGCCGCUCCGCGCAGCGACGGCGCUCGGCAGCCCCGAGGGCGGCGCGGCGCGAGAUGCCGCCAUCGAGCGCAGCCUGCGGGUGAGCGCGAGCCGCGACGCCCUCAGCUCGUUCGCCAGCUCGGGCUCGGGCUCGGGCGUGGGCCCGGCGCCGUGGAGCGUGCGCGAGCGCGUGAGGAGCGACCCGCGCCGGAGCGUGAGCCGGGUCGACUGGCGGCGCGAUGGCACCGCCGGCGCCGAGGAGGACGACGACGAGCAGGAGCUUGGGCGCGACGUGCGGCGGCACAUGCGCGCGGCGACGGCGAGCCCGACGCUCGCUGCGGCGGUGCGCCGGCCUGCGAGCAGCCUCGCCCUCGGGCGCGAGGCGCCGUCCCGCACGCACGGGCGGGACACGCUCGUCGCGACGAGGCGUGCGGGUCAGCGGCGAGGCGGUGGGAGCGACGAGGAGCUGGAGGAGCUGGAGCACGAGGAGGAGACGACGCCCAAGAGCGGGAGGAAGCGGGCGAGCAAGGAGAGCGGUGGCAGCGGUGGAGCGGGAGGGACAGACGGGCGGUACUCGCGUCUGUCGGGCGCAAGGGCAGGCGUCGGGCGUAACGGUUUCGCCAGCAUGUCGCCGCUCUCGCCGACGAGCACAACGAGCUCGCACGUCUCGCCGCCGCCAUCAUCGGCUCGCUCGGACGACCGGCUCUCGAGCGUGUCGACCGAAGCUCGCCGGGAGCGGCUCAAGGGCGUCGACGUCGGCUCUGAAGCCUGGAUGGCCGAGUUCGACGACCUACGCCGCCGCACGGUCCGCUCUCGCGCUUCGGGCAGAAGCGCCGACGCCGCCUCGUCGGCGCACAACGAGCCCGACCUCGAGCGCGAGCGUACGAUCCGCGCCAUCAACGCGCUCCUCGCCGGGCAGGGCAUCUUCGCGACCGCUGCCGCCCUUCCUCCUUCCUCGUCAUCCCCCGAUGAACCCUUGUCGCCAGCCUCGUCCUCGUCAACCUCGUCCCCGCACAAGCGCCAGCCGUCUGAGCGCCUGCGCCGUACCUCAAUCGCCGCCUCGCCCUCGUCUCGAACCCUCAACGGCAUCGCAGACCGCGCCGGCGCCGAGAGCGUCCUCGGCGGCCUCAUCAACCACGGCCUCCGGGCCGCCGGGCCCACCAACGGCACGGCGGCAGGUGUCGCCGAGGCUGAGCAGCAUCACCGCCUGCUCUUCUCGGCGCUCGAGCAGUUCGAGGCGCACUUCGGCGCCGCAGACGCAGGCGGCGAGCUCGUCUCGCGCAUGGACGCCCUCGUCACGUCGACGACGAGGCUCAACGGCGGCCUGCGCGGUCUCGCGCACAGCGUUCGCGAGGCCCAGGUCGCCGCGCAGCUCGACGAGGACCGCCUCGGCGCCGGCGCCGACGGCGACCUCGCGCCGUUCGAGAAGAGCGUCGCGGCGCUCCUGCGGGCGAGCGACGACCAGGUCCGGUGCCUCACCGAGGACAUGGUCGCCUUUGCGCGCCUCGACCGCGAGCGCGAGCGGCGGGCACGGCGCGAGGGCAGCGCCGACGCCGCAGCGGGCACGAGCCGCCCCGUCUCGAGGGCGAGCACGUACCGCAGCAGCAUGGGCGGCGGCGGCGGCGGCGGUGCGCUGUACUCGCCGCCGAAGCGUGCGGCGACGGCCUCGCCGUUCGACAGCCUCAGCAGCGGCAGCGCCCUCGUCUCGCACGCCGCCGCCAGCUCGCGCAGCCCAGCACUCGGCCUCGGCAAGAAGGACGUCCUGCGCGACCCGCUCUCGCCCGCGCUGGACGGCCUGCGCUCGUCCGCCGCAACCGGCUCGGCUCGGCGGCACACGCUCGGGUUCGCGUCGGGUGGGCGAGGAGGUGCCGGCGCCGGGGCGUACUACGGCGCCGGGCAGGACUCGCCGACGCCGUCGAGCGGGAGGAGGGGCGAGGGCGUACACGGGCGCAGCCCCCUCGCAACGCAGACGAGCAGGGCGGCAGAUGGCGCGUUCGACACGCCGUCGAGGUCGGCGAGCGCGGCGGGCAUCCUGCGGCGGCAGAGCUUGACGAGCAGCAGCGCGACGGCGCCAGAGUCGCUCGCGGGUCUCGGGCUGCCGCUGCCCGGCACGGCCGGGUCAAGCACGAGGAGGGGAAAGACCUCGGACACGACCGUGCGCCCGUCGUCGCCGACCUCGGUCCGCUUCCCGACGCAGGACCACCUCCCGACCACCCGAGUCGACACGGCGUCGGCCAACACGCGCACGAGCCCGACCCAGGCGCCGCCGGCCGGGCCUUUCCGCGCCUACAGCGACCGGGACCAGUCGCGCGCGCUGCGGGCGCUCGAGCUCGGCGCCAACCUCGACGAGGAGCCGCAGCGCAACUCGUUUGAGCGCGACGUGCUCGGCGCCGACGACGAUGACGACGACGAGGCGCUCGCGCGCGAGCUCGCGCUGCAGCUCCAGGAGGCGACCGCCGAGCGCGACCUGCCCGACCUUCCUGCGGCCUCGCCUGCGGGCUCGCCGUCCGUCCCAACCACAAGCACCGUCGCCGCCGUCGUCUCGCAGUACCCGUACGCCGGCCCGGUCGUCAACAUCGCGCGCCCGAACCCGCAGCAGCAGCAGCAGCAGGAGAGCCCGACGGGCAUGCGGAGCAAGAGCCGCCUGCGCCUCUCGAGCGGCGGGCUCGGCGCCGCGCUCAAGAACGCGCUCAGUCGAGCAGGCGGCGGCGGCGGUGGAGGAUCGGGCGAGCGGGAGCGCAAGAGCUCGGGCGAGGGCGAGGCGGCGGGCAGCCCGGUGCGCGGUCUCGGCAUGACGCCGUCGGCGUCGCGGUCGAGCAUGGCGAGCUUCGACCGGCCGUCGAGCGUCGCGAGCACGACGGACGAGCGCAGGGUCGAGCGCAGGAGGGAAGUUGAGGCCGUGCUGCGGCAGGCGAGGCGGUGAGCGGGCGGGUGGGGAGCAGGACGGCGAGGCUCUCGGUGUACUCUCUCUUCCCCUUGUGCCCUCUCCCUCCUCGUCUCGCCGAACACGACCUGUAACGCUCGCCUCGGAAGUGUACACGU